ACCUCUCUCUCUGAUUUCUCUGACAAGAACAACAACGAAAACAACAACGAGAUGAAGGUCUUACUCCUGGUGGCCCUUUGUUGUGUGAUGGUCCUGGUGUCAGGCCAGGGUAGGGGAAGACCAAAGUUCUCGCAGCAAGGAAAUGGUCAGAACCGAAGACCUGCCUCUGCUCAAAAUGGGCAAAGAGGCAGAGGUAAAUGGCAACGUCGCAGUGGUGGAAAAGACUGGUCGGAUAUAAUUAAGGCAUCUUGGAACACGUCCCUGCCCGGUGACAUUGUCAUCAACGAAAGAGGGUUCGCCUCCGACAACAACCAGGUCGGAUUUUUAAUGUCCAAGGAUACUGAACUGACCAGUGCAGGCUAUAAUCAGAGUUUUGCAAUGAUCGACUUUGGAGCGGGUAAGGAAGCAAUUCGUGUGGAACUUCGGGAUCCAGAAGCUUCCAAUCAAAGUGCCGACCGAAGAAGCCGGGAAUUCUGGGCCCGUAAGAAGCAUAUCUGCUUCCUAAUGGACGCUCCCCUCACUUUUACGGAUUUCUCUGAAGCAAUUCAGCUUCGUUCGUCUUUCUCAUGGGCGGGACCUAUUCCAACUGGAAACGUGAAGACUUUUGUCGCCCGACAGGCCAACAGAUUGGCGGACCUAGGAACUAACGGGGUGAUAGAUCGCCUCUGUGGUAAAGCUGCGGCCCGCGGGCUGGCAUUCUCCAUUGUUGCGGAUUCAUCAGUGACAGAACCGAUGGAGAAGAUCAAGGUUACGGGUCAUAUUGACCCCCUGCAACCUUUGACCUCUGUUCCUUACGAGAUCAAGGUUGAGGCCGGCAUACUUGCUUCGUAACUUGGUGAACCCUACUGUGUCUCAGAAAUCUCCAUUUACGUGUUCCCUACUGUGACAUUCGUGCGUGAAUUUAACGUAUGUAAUAAUGUCUUCUGUUGCAAUAUCAUAGAAGUUGUACACUUUCCAUAUCUAUUUCAGUGGCAUUUUUUAUAACUUACAUUUAAAACUUACUUUAGAGAGCAACUGUUUAUUUUUAAAACAUUACUUAUGUGCGUUUUCUAUUGUUUUUUUUUUUAUAAAAUACAUGAAAAUAUCAUA